AUGCUUUGGCUGUUGAAUACAACAGCAAAACAAGAACUUGGUCAGCCAGAUCUGGCUCUUAGUUCUUUCAGGAUAAACAUUCCGGACCCACUGCGAGGGUUGGUUAUCGGGCCGCAAGGCUCGGUAACCAAAGAAAUACAACAAAAAACGAGAUGCCGUCUUGCGUUCCCGCGCAGGGCUGACGCGACCGGGAUCGUAGAGCUCGCAUCGGCAGUCUCCGAGCGAAGUGUAUUAAUGUGUUGGAAGAAAGUUAAAACGUUGCUACGUGAAGUGCGACACCGCGCCGGCUUCACGCACUUCGUUUUAGUACCGGAGUCUUGCAAACUUGCUGCCGUAUUCCAGAAAUCCGGCAGGUUGCAUCUUACAAUAAAGAUGCUCACACUGCUGGAUGAGGAAGAGGUAGCAGCGGCAAAAAAGACUUUGGAAGCAGCAGUCGCGGGCUCUAUGAGCAAAAUCCUGGCAAGCCAGCCUUUGGAAGCUGAAAUUGGAGGGCUCGAUAUAAUGAACGACGAUCCGACGCAUGCCCGAGUGCUCUAUGCAUGCGUAUCAUCGGGCAGACUUCAAAACUUCGCGGACGCAAUAGCGAACGCGAUGAGCGACGCGGGAUUUGCGCUGAAGGAAAAGUCUGUGAAGCUUCACAUGACUCUCCUCAGCGCUAAAUAUGCGGAAGGAUCGAUCGAAACGAUGGAUGUCUCACGGCUGCUGGAAAAGUACGGGAAUUUUCAGUUCGGAAGAAUAACAAUACGUGAGGUAAGCUGA